GUUUCAACACGAGAGAGCAGCUCUCUUUGCGGAGCUAGCUCUAAGCUGAGGGUGGAAAACGAAAGGGCUAAGUAGGACAAGAAGUAACCUUUUAUUUUCGGUAUUGUUUUGUUUAAACAACGACCGUCAUGGGGAAACGACAGCAUCAAUCUGAUAAGAUGUAUAUUACAUCAAAAGAAUGGACCAACCUAUUUGGUGGAAAGAAAAAAGGAAGUGGGAAGUCAGACUUCAAACGCUUGCCAUUUGAUCACUGCAGCCUUUCACUUCAACCAUUUGAACAUCCUUAUUGCACUAAGGAGGGUGUGAUCUUUGACCUUACAAGCAUCCUUCCAUACUUGAAACGUUACGGAUUGAAUCCCAUCACAGGAGAGCAAAUGGACACCAAGGGUCUAAUCAAGUUGAAUAUUCAUAAGAAUUCAAAUGGGAAGUACCAUUGUCCAGUUACAUUCAAGGUUUUUACUGACAACUCCAGUAUUGUGGCCAUCAAAACAACUGGUAAUGUUUAUGCACAGGAGGCUGUUGAUCAGUUAAACAUCAAAACAAAGAACUGGAAAGAUCUUUUGACAGAUGAAGUGUUCACACGAAAGGAUAUCAUAACAUUGCAGGAUCCGAAUGAUUUAGAGAAGUUCAACAUCUCUGCCUUUCAUCAUGUGAAAAACAACAUAAAAACAGAAACAGAAGAGGAAAGGAAAGCUAAAGGAGGAUCAAAAUAUUACUUGAAUAAAACAAAUUCAGAAACUGAAGAUAUUCUGAGUGAACUUUAUAGAGAUUAUAAGGCACCGGAAAAAAAGGAGGAGAGUGUAAAGAAAGCAGAUUCAUUCAAUGCUGCUCAUUUUAGUACUGGUAUGGUGGCUGCCGGCUUCACAUCAACUGCCAUGACUCCUCAAACUCAACAUGAAGCUGCUGUGAUUGAUGAAGACAUUAUUCGGUAUGAAAGGGUUAAGAAGAAGGGUUAUGUUAGAUUGACAACUAAUAAAGGAACACUCAACCUUGAGCUUCAUUGUGAUAUGGUACCAAAAACUUGUGAAAACUUUAUGAAACACUGUCAGAGUGGGUAUUACAACAACACAGUGUUCCACCGGUCUAUCAAGAAUUUUAUGAUUCAAGGAGGUGAUCCCACUGCAACUGGAAAAGGAGGAGAAUCUGUAUGGGGAGGAACUUUUAAGGAUGAAUUCAAACCAAAUCUAACUCACACCGGACGUGGGAUGCUAAGUAUGGCCAACUCGGGUCCAGACACCAACAAGUCACAAUUUUUCCUGACAUACCGGUCAUGCCGUCACCUUGAUGGGAAGCAUACAGUGUUUGGUCGAGUGGUUGGAGGUCUGGAUACAUUAACUGUUAUGGAGAAAAUUAAGACAGAUUCCAAAGACAGACCUACUGAAGAGAUUAAAAUUGAAAAAGCCACUGUAUUCGUUAAUCCGUAUGAAGAGGCUGACGAACAGUUGGCAAAAGAUAGACAACGGGUAAAGGAUGAAGAAGAAGCAAAGAAAGCUGGGCCUUCAAAACCAGUUACCAAAGAAUCAGAUAAACCAGUGGUGUAUCGAUCUGGUGUUGGUAAAUACAUAUCUGGGUCAAGUGGGUGGCAAAACAGUAACAAGAGGGAAGCUGAUGAAACAACCCCAAUAAGCACUAGCACCUCAAAGAAGAAAGUUAAAUCUUCCCACGAUCUGACAGACUUCAGCGGCUGGUGAAAAUAAUAAUGUGAAAUUUAAUAUUAAUAAUAAAACAACAAAAAUAUUGGACUUUACAUUGAGCACUUUAUCUUCUUAAAUCCGAUUGCCAAAAUUCUGAUAGAGGAUAUCUCAGAGAUGCCAGCACUCACCAUCUCUGAGAUAGAGGAUAUCUCAGAGAUGGUGAGUGCUGGCAUGUAUCCUCAGGAGCUAUUCUCUUAACAAGACUACUAUAAAGAGCCAUUCAAGACUAGCAUUUAAGAACAUCAAACAAAAGUGUCCUACAUGAAGACACAAGCAUAUAUUACCAUAGAAUUGACCUUAAUAACAGUUUCCCAUUACAUAUUGAAGGGAUACAUAUCAGCUCCUAGUGGCUGAUCCAUGAAAGGUGGUAGGUUGGGGGUUGCAUCCAAAGCACCAAUCUAUGAUUCAAAGAGGGGGUUUGGGAUAGGUGAUCACUUCAAUAUAGGCAUAAUUAUUUAUUAAAUACAUAUUUUGGUUGCUACCAAGGACAAGUUCCCCUUCACCUUUCCCUAGAUCCGCCACUAGUUCCGGUUGAUGCAGUGAACUGUGUAUCAAUCAUACAGUAAUUAUAAAUGCAGUUUUGUGUCUCCUUUUCACUUGAAUAGUAUAAUUUUAAUGUUGUUCAAAAUACUGGAAAGAGGCUUGUGAAAAUUGCCAUGUAAAAAAAUAGACAAGAUAUUUUUAGUCUUGCAUUUUGCUAUUUUAAUUACUUCACACACAUUUAAACACAACAAUACACUAAGUUAAAUACAAUCAGAUCAUGUUCUUAAUAUCUUACAAUUUAGUAAACUGGCAAAAAGCACCAACAAAAAGAAAGCCUUAAACUAUGUUUUACUAUUUACUGUAUUUUAAUUGUAUUUGCAUAAGCAUACAAUAUGGUCUGGAUUUUCUGUACUAAAGUGAACUCAAUUGACUUAAAAGAUUGCAUUAAACAUAAUGUGGUUUCUACUAUAGAGAUCUUUAGUCUGAGGGAGUUAGAGAUUCUGAAUAUCUACAUCAACCACUGAGCAGCGAUUCUGUUAAAAUGAACUUAAAAUCAAAUUUAACUUAUGUUCUUUAAAUUUGUCUAAAUCUAUUUAGUUUUUUUUUUUUUGCAAAUAAUAAAUAUUCAUAUCAAUAUGUCAUCUGUUGCAGUUAGGCAUUAGCAGCACUAAAGCCAUGAACCAGCAAUGUAAAUAUUUAUACGAUUGACAAUAUUUUAUUGGUGUUUUUGUUUGAAAGCACUGAAAUAAAUAAAUAUCUUCACAAA